UAAUGGCGCUCGGUCGCAUGUUUUCAGCAGAAAUUGUGGGUCUAAUAGGAAAAUGUAGUUUGAGCGUCUGAAAUUUUGAUUUGUACGUAAAAUGUCUAAACUACAGGUGUUGAGUGUGUUUAUUAACGAGCGGCUAACAGCAGCGGCUGUGGAUAUAUUUGGUUCGGCGGAGAAGACGUUAGCAGAGUACCGGGAGCGGCUGACAACAGCGGCGGUAGAGAUAUUUGUUGUGGUAGAAAAGACGGUAGCAGAGGUUCAGGGAGAGAACGACCGUUUACGGGGGCUUCUUCUGGAUCAUUUCGGAGCAGACCCCAAGCAGGUAACUCUCCCUGAAGAGGAGGUUCCCCCUAACCAGCAGCCGCACUGUGAGCAGGAGUGGAGCCCCAGUCUGAGGCAGGAGGACCCAGAGCCCACCCAGAUUACAGAGGAACUCCGGACCAGUCAGGAGGAAGAGCAGCUUCAUAGACUUAGGUCUGCUACCACAGAGGUCAUACAGUUGAUAUUUAUUCCUCCCUGUGUGGAAAGUGACUGUGAUCAGGACAACAAAAGGGACUCUCUACUACCCACCAAUGCAAAUGAACAGACCCAAUCAGAUGAAGAGCACUACAGUAUCAGAGUAUCAGAACCAACCAGUGACUCUCAGACGCUCUCUGUACUAUAUCCAGACUGUUCUGCAACUCCAAGUGAAAUCAUUGUAAGUAUUGAUGAGGAGGAGAGUGAAGAACUACCGUCAGGGUCAAAGAGAACCCGGGACAAGAAAGGACAAAGCUCUCAAGUCUGCACUGAGGCCAAGACAACCAACGAGCAGAAAGCACCAUUGAAGUGUCACACAAGCAAGAGGCGAUACAAGUGUCCUGUGUGCAGUAAACUGUUUAAGGCACCAGUCAGUUUAAAAGUACAUCAGAGAAUUCACAAAGCAGAGAAACGACACGCAUGUCCUUUCUGUGGAAAAGGCUUUAAAUCACUAAAUGGUCUACAACGGCACAAAAAAGUUCACACAGGGGAGAAAGCACCACAGCGGUGUUCUUUGUGCAGUGAAUCCUUUCUUUGCACAGCUUCUUUAAAAGAUCAUCAGCGAAUUCACACAGGUGAAAAAACACAUCUGUGCAAAGAAUGUGGCAAAUCCUUCAGUGUCAAGACCGACUUUAACAAGCAUAUGAGCACUACUCACCCAGAUGCAAAACCGUACAAUUGUCCAGUGUGCAAGGAAUGUUUCAACACACCAGGCUCUCUGAAAAUACAUGGGAAAACUCAUGGAGCGAAUCCAUGCAUCUGUCCUGUGUGUAAUACAUGCUUUAAGAGGCCACGCUACCUAAAGGAACACCAACAGAAGUUUCACGGUAGUGAGAAACCAUACACGUGUGCGGUGUGCAGUAAAACCUUUUAUAAUGUAAGCCAUUAUAAAGUACAUCAGAGAAAUCACACAGGGGAGAAACCCUUCAAGUGUCCUGUGUGUAUUAAAAGCUUUACUAGCGCAGGCCUGUUAAAAAUACAUCAGGUAAUUCAUACAGGUGAGAAACCACAUAAGUGCAAAGAAUGUGACAAAUGCUUCUACCGCAAGGGACAUCUGGUCAAGCAUAUGAGGACUCACACAGGGGAGAAACCAUAUGGUUGCCGUGAAUGUGAGAAAUGCUUCACUCAAAGGUCCUCAUUAAAAGACCAUAUGAGGAUUCACACAGGGGAGAAACCGUUUUGUUGCACUGAAUGUGAAAACGCUUCACUCAAAGGGCAACAUUAAACGUGCAUAUGAAGAUUCACACAGGGGAGAAACCAUAUCAGUGUAAAGAAUGUGACAAAUCUUUCAGUCAAAAACAUGAACUGAGAAAGCAUAUGAGAAUUCACACAGGGGAGAAAUCAUACAAGUGCCCUCUUUGUGAAAAAUGCUUUAAAUCAUUGGGUGGUCUGAAACAACACGAGCUGAAUCACUCUGGAGAGAAACCAUCAUAUCUAUGCAGCGAUUGUGGUAAAAGCUUCCGAACAAUGAGUUACCUGAGGGUUCAUAUGAAGACUCACACAGAGAGCGAACCGGGGAGUCGGACAGAGAGCGAACCGGGGAGUCGGACAGCGAGCGAACCGGGGAGUCGGACAGCGAGCGAACCGGGGAGUCGGACAGAGAGCGAACCGGGGAGCCGGACAGAGAGCGAACCGGGGAGCCACAAAAAGAGAAGACUGCAUAUGUGUCCUGUAUGUGGGAAAGGCUUUGCAUAUCCAAAUGUUCUUAAAAUCCACCAGCGAAUUCACACUGGGGAGAAACCACAUCAAUGUCACAUUUGCAACAAAAGAUUCAUUCAGAAAUGUGAUCUGACGCGACAUAUGAGGACACACACAGGGGAGAAAAGGAGAGAAAAUCAAUCAGAGAAACAGUUGUAUCUUUGCAGUGAUUGUGGCAAGUGCUUCCGGGAGAAACGUUAUCUGAGAAAGCAUAUGAGAAUUCACACAGAGAGAGAUUCGGGAAAUAAAACCGAGCGAGAGCUGCAUAAGUGUCCUGUUUGUGGAAAAGGCUGUACGUCACUG